AUGGACAAGACAUCCAUGUUAACCAUCCCCCCGGAACUCCAUAUCUCCAUCUUCGCUUUCCUUGGGAUCGGAGACCUAUCGCGCCUCGUUCAAACCUCCAAAUACUUUCAUCGAACAGCGGGUCACUACCUCCGCCGAACAAUCGAUUUUCAGACAUCCGAUGCCAUAUGGAAGUUCCAAAAUGGAAUGCCACCAGAUACGGUGCCGAUUGAACGGGCGCCGUUUAUUCAAGACGACUUCUUCGAUUUUAGAUAUGCAUUUGGACUAGAUUAUACAACGGUGGAUUUAGAUGUGGAUAAAAAUCGUGAUGGCGAUGGGCCUAAGAAGAUCUCAGUUCAUAAGAUGGAUGAUUUUCUUACUUCUGUGAAGGAAGUGAUUACUGCUAAGGGGUUGGGGAUUAGAGACGGUGAUCUUUAUAUGAGUAAACCCGUAAUAAAAAACGAACAAUUCCGUUCAAUAUUCCGCGCCCUCAAAGACCUUUCAUCCAGUCGUCCCGCCUCCGAAUUCUCAAUAACCUCCAUAACCGGCCAAUUCAACCCAACUCUACUCACCCAAAUAUUCGACACCAAAAAAUUGACAAGGCUCUCUAUAUCCUUCAAACAAAUCCAAUGGAACUCCGACCCUAACACACCCGAACCAUCUUGGCGAACAAAAGAGGAUAUAAUCGCCUUGAAAGAUUUAUUCAAUAAAUCGCCAAACCUAGAGGUCUUAGUGCUAAACCCCGUCAUGGAAAUAGUCGAUUUUCGACCUUUGCCGGAGGACGUCCCCGCCCUUCAGGAACUGACACGGGCGUUUUUGACACUGAAAAGGUUACAUACCCUUGAUAUGCGGGUUUAUUUAUUCCAUCCUUCGUAUUUCAUACCAGUACCGGAGGCGGUGAAGACACUAUCCCUUUACCAUGUAAACCUCUACUCUAAAGCCUGGUGGAUAGAAUUCUCAAAAUUCCCAUUCAAGAAUGUGGAAAACCUAGAAGUUUUCCCGAGUGAAGAAGAAUUCGGGUACAUUUUCGCCAGAGACGAUUAUCAACUCGGAAACGAUAGGGAUGGAACCCUGAGGACACCUGAGGAAAUCGAGAUUAAGGGAUACAAGCUGGGAAAUGUUGAGAUUAGAAGUUUGAAGAGGUUUAAAUUUGAGGAUACGGAAAAGUUGUUCCUACCUAGGGAUUUAACAUUGUGUGUCUUGAAGAGGAAUGACAGGCUGGAUGAACAGGUUAAACUGGAUCUGAUGCGACAGUCCGGAGUAACAUUGGACGAGACAAGAGAUAGAGGGGGCAGGAGGCGCAGUUUGUAG